AUGGAGUCAUACGGGAAGGGUGGCGCUCGCGGGUCUUUUGCCCCUCCAUUUUCAGCAAAGCGAGCAGUAUCGCAGUCUGGCGGCUCUUCUCAAUGUCUGCAUCAAAAAGCCUCAAUAACUCAUCAUGCUGGAAGAGAUGUUCUGGAAAGCUGUGCUGGGGGAGCGGCAGCCGAAAAUUUAGAACCACGUUGCAUCUCGUCCGCACCCCAAACGGAGGCUUUCGAAGCACUCUAUGAAAUAUCAUUUGGAGGAACACUGGUUCACCGAUACUUGAAGAUUCGUUUCCAUGAAAGACACGCCACCGAGUGCCUUGCAGUGCUUCGAGAUUCUACGCAGGUUGCUCGGCUAAUGGUUCUCCUGGGGGAAUCCAGGAUCAUGGCUUGCCCUGUAGAUGCAAACACAAUUUUGAUGGCUUACAGGACAGAUCCUUUGAAAACUCAGGAAGAUUUUAAUUCUUUCUGGUUCUUCCAGCACGGAUACAAACUUCCUUCCGAGGCAACCAAAACCAUCGUUAAGGUCUCGUUUGGCUACCUGACACUUCACUACCCUGUUGGCUGCUGUUGGCGGUCAAAACUGAUCGAGCUGCCUCAUGUUACCAACGACGUCCGGCGGAUCAUUGCAACGAAAGUUUUCAAGACGUGUGCCGACCUGCAAGUGAUUGAAGAUGCUUCACUCAAGCUUCUUUCCGUUCGCCAGUCGCUUCGUGUAUCUGCGGCCUGUCUACAGCACGCGAGAGAUUUACUCCGAACCAUAAAGCCGACGCCAGAGUCAGAAGUAACGGGGACAGGGAAGAUCACGUGGGAGCGAGACGGAGAAAUAUGUGAUCUAGAAAAUCAAAGUCAAGUGGACGCCCUCGAUAAGCUUAACAUGAAGUUGGAACAUCGCCGGCGAGCUCCCAUUGUUCUUCCAGUCCGACCACCGGAAAACUGUCUCAUCCCGCGGGAUCGAUCCGACUGCGAUGCCUCUUCGGUUAAUGUUAUAGAACAACUUAAUAGUUUCAAGUUCUCGGAGGGCGACAGAACUGCGUCGGAUGCCGCUAGUUUCAAAAAAAUCUCUGUAUCUGCUUCAGGCAGAAAACGGAUACGGAGAGUUUUGCCCCCCCCCGCAACAUACAGUGCUGGCCACCAAACAAAUUAUCGUUCAAUCGACAGCGCUAACAACCGUACGUCACUCACGCACCACAGUCGGUGUCGCUGCAAAGCAUUUCCCUUCUUCACUAGGAAUGUACUUAGCCAUAACCGGUACAACAGAGGUCUUUCGUCCCACGGACACGGAUGCUUCUGA